AUGGAGCGAGAGGUGAAACAAGAGGAAUUAGUAUCCUCGGAGGAUAGGAAACAAACAGAACCAUUGGACACAGAACAUCUGGUGGAGAUAAGGACUACAACGAGCCCUGGGGAUUUACCCCAAGGCACGGAUGAGGCGAGUCGCCUACGCGAGCUCCAGGCUGAUGUUCGUGACCAAGAUGAUCUGGAAAGAGAUAUCACUCGACAGGCUGACAAGCUGCUCGCCGAGCAAGCUGACGAACGGGACAACAAGAGACUGGAGCGAACCAAGCAUGAAAAGGAGAAGCUCGAAGUGCAAAUUUUGAGGUUACACCAGCGCCUUUCACAGCCCGUCGGCACCUCCGCACGAGUCCGCUUACAAAAUGAUCUCGAGAAACUGGAGUCACGUAACACGUCAUUGGCGAAGGACUUGGAAGAAAUACAAGAGCGCAUAGAUGCAAGGCACGUUGAGCAGGAAGGCAGUGCACAGGGUGCAGGGACAGGGCGGAUGCCCAAUGAAUCCCGCAGGGACUAUCUUAUCCGGACCGGAAAGAUUACCCCAUUUUCGAGAAUGGGAACCGGUCCAAAUGAAGGACCCCUUGCCAGUCUUCAAGAUGCACUUAUCGAUGCGGAGGAUGAGCGAGACGAGAAGGAGGCCCUUUCGAAAGCAAAAGGUAGAUCGGUUGUCUCGCACCGGAAUCUUGUGCGUCCUGGGUUCGGGUUUGAUGAAAGCACCGAAGCUAGCACGGGAGAAGAAGAAGCAACUCCUGGUCGCCCUAAGAAGCGAAGACGGUUGGAACACGGUGCUCGUUCGAGACAGCACGUUGCCAAGCAAGAGCAGCCUGACUUGGCUGCGGCCAGUCCUUCGAUGGAUGUACCGUCUGAUGACCAGGAUGAUUCGGGAAGCUAUGUAGCAUCGGAAGAGGAGGCUUCUGUAUCAGAAGAUGAGGAAGAAUUCCUUCCUGACGAAAAACAGGCGAAACCCACAGGAAAGAAAAAAGCACCGAAGACGGAGGAUGGCGUCGAGGAUUUAAGUAGCCUGGAUGACGGGAAUGAAAAACUAUACCAAUCUAGACUCGAAAAUUGGGUCAACCGGAGAAGUGCGGCUCGAAAACGUACCCUCAGAGCUCAUCAAGCUGAUAAAGAAGACGGCUCCGAUGCGCCUGAAGAUCACAUGGAUGAUGUCGAGAAUUACGACCAAGAAAAAGAGUGGUUUUCACCACACCCAACUGUGCCUGAUGUAAGUUACGAUAGUGGAUAUCGCUUGCCAGGCGAUAUAUACCCUUAUCUAUUUGACUACCAGAAAACCGGGGUGCAAUGGUUAUGGGAGUUACAUCAACAACAGGUAGGCGGGAUCAUUGGUGAUGAAAUGGGACUUGGAAAAACGAUUCAAGUCAUUGCGUUUUUGGCCGGGCUUCACUACAGUAAAAAAUUAACCAAACCGGUGAUUGUCGUUUGUCCUGCAACAGUCAUGAAGCAAUGGGUGAACGAGUUCCAUCGAUGGUGGCCGCCGUUCCGUGUGUCGAUACUGCAUACCUCCGGUAGCGGCAUGAUGAAUAUUCGCAGUGAGAGUAGCAGAGAAGAUGCUCUGACAUCUCAAAUGUGGGAUCCACGUGGUUCUCGCGGUCUUUCUAGCGGACAAAAGGCGGCAAAGAGGGUUGUUAAACGAGUGGUAGAAGAAGGGCACGUUUUGGUAACGACUUACUCGGGGCUGCAGACGUAUGCUCCCUUUCUUAUUCCCACAGAAUGGGGGUGUGCUGUUCUUGAUGAAGGCCACAAAAUUCGGAAUCCGAAUACUUCGAUCACUAUUCAUUGCAAGGAACUUCGAACUCCGCAUCGGGUCAUUCUAUCGGGUACACCGAUGCAAAAUAACCUCACAGAGCUUUGGUCCUUGUUUGACUUUAUUUUCCCGAUGCGCCUGGGAACGCUCGUCAAUUUUCGAAAUCAGUUUGAGUUCCCUAUCCGUCAAGGCGGAUACGCCAAUGCCUCAAAUCUACAAGUGCAAACGGCUGCCAAAUGCGCAGAAACACUCAAGGACGCCAUCAGCCCAUAUCUCCUGCAACGAUUCAAAAUAGAUGUGGCGGCGGACCUCCCGAAGAAGAGCGAGCAGGUGCUAUUUUGCAAGUUAACGAAACAACAGAGGACAGCCUAUGAGGCAUUCCUUGGCUCCGAGGAAAUGAAGUCUAUUCUCAAUGGCCGCAGACAGGUUCUGUACGGUGUUGAUAUACUACGCAAAAUCUGCAAUCACCCAGACUUGCAGAACCACAAGCUUAUGUCUAGCACAGCCGGGUAUGGCAACGGCACCAAGUCAGGCAAGAUGCAGGUUGUCAAAUCAUUGCUGGAGCUGUGGAAAGAUACAGGCCACAAGACACUGUUAUUUACGCAACAUCGCAUCAUGUUAGAUAUCCUCGAGAAGUUUGUGAACUCACUUUCCGGGUUUAACUAUCGCCGGAUGGAUGGCACGACACCGAUUCAUCACCGACAGUCAAUGGUGGAUGAAUUCAACACGGACCCGGAUUUGCACGUAUUCUUGCUUACCACCAAGGUAGGCGGACUGGGUGUGAACCUUACUGGGGCAGAUCGAGUGCUUAUCUACGAUCCCGACUGGAACCCGUCAACCGACGUGCAAGCACGAGAGCGGGCAUGGAGACUUGGCCAGAAGCGUGAGGUGACUGUCUACCGAUUGAUGACGGCCGGGACGAUCGAGGAGAAGAUCUACCAUCGUCAAAUUUUCAAACAGUUUCUCACCAAUAAGAUUUUGAGAGAUCCCAAGCAACGACAGACUUUUCAAUUGAGCGACCUGCAUGAUCUCUUUGCUCUGGGAGAUGAAAAGCAAGGCCCGACAGAGACUAGCAAACUAUUCAAAGAUGCAGAGGUAACAUAUGAUGAAAAUGGUGAUGGUGCUACUCAGGGCAACACAACAUCCAGUACAUCAAAAGCUGCAUCUGCUGGCCCGGAUGAGAAGAAGGACAUCAGCAAAGUCGUUGGUGUCGCAUCAAUGGAGACUUUCCAGGGCGAACCGGAGCCGAGCAGCGACCCGGGGACACCAGCUGGUGCUUCAAAUUCAGAGGCCCGCCUCAUGGAAGGCAUCUUUGCACGCUCUGGGGUUCAUUCGGCGCUUGAGCAUGACCACAUUGUGAAUGGCAAGCGGGUUGUUCGAGCUGACCCCAAGAUCAUCGAAGCAGAAGCCAAGAAGGUUGCAGCAGAAGCAGCCGAGGAGUUGCGACGAGCAGGAGAGGCCGCACGAUCAGUUCCCAUUGGGACGCCAACAUGGACGGGACAGUUUGGGGUUGCUGGCCGGCCAGAAGAGAGACCAAGCCGUCCAGGUGGUGGUGGUAGCAGCAGCGCGCGGCGGGCAGGAGCUGGACCAUCGUCCGCCAGCAUAUUGGCCAACCUUUCUGCUCGUACGCCGUCGUCUCGCAGCGGCAGUAACAGUCCAGCGCCGUCGCGAGGACCUAGCGGAACGGAUUUCAUGACGAUGCUCCGGGACUAUCUCAUGGCCCAUGGCGGGUCCGCUUACACACAGAUGUUAAUCGAUCACUUCAACCGGUUCUGCACGACGCCACAGCGAUCGGCCGAGUUCAAGGAGAUGCUCAAGACGAUAGCGGUGCUGGAGAAGGGGGGCCGGAACGGGCGAGGGAAAUGGGUGCUGAAAGCCGAAUACGCCAAGCGACGAUAA